CAACCAACUUCAUCAUAAAUAUUGGCGCGCUUUCUGUUUUCAUUCGCGCACGAUUUGUCAUUUUAAAGCCGUGUUUGUGAAAAUUUUAUAAUUAAUUUCAGUGUUUUCAUAAAUUUUAGUAUUUUAACCAAAUAUUAAGGUAUGCAAAGUUCGGCAGUCAAAACGCCCGCUACAAGCAAACGUGAGGGCGGUGCUGCGAGAAAAUCAAGCGGUAAGAAGCUUGUACAGGCGCGGCUGCCAUUCAAAAUAAUUCCAACUGGAACUCCCACUGCCGCUGCAAGUUCAACUUUAGCCAAGGAUACAGACGAGACAGCAAAAGAUGCCAGAAAACGCAAGUUAUCAUUUGAAGCCGACAAAAGUGAAAAGGCAGAGUGUGCGGCAACUGAUGAAUUGCGUGGACGAUCUGCUAGCAAAGAGAACUUGACUGUAAGAACAAAAAAGUUGAAAACUGAUGAACAGGAUGAUGUUAUACUACUGGAUGACGAUGAUAUUUUGGAAGACGAGGAUGGUAAGGUUAAGGAUGCGGAAAGAACAGAGGAUGAAAACGAUGCAAGUAGUAAUGAGAAGGUAGAGAAGCAAGUCAAGAAAACUCCUGUCGCAACAAAAACUCCAAAAGCAAUCAAGCAAGCUAAAAACAAAGUAAGCAACACUGUUAGUUCACCACGCACGCCAAAACCGAGUGCCGCCACAGAGAAAGAUGCUAACACGCCAAAAAGUGCAAAAGCUAAAAACUCGAACACUCCCGGAAGUGCGAAAAAUAAAUCGGCCAACAGUAAAGCAGGUGGUAGUGCAACAAAAGUUCAAAUAAAAUUGCCACUUGGAAGUGCCAAGACAAACAAACGAAGAAUAUCUAUGAUCACAGCAGACUCCAAAGAUGCGAAAGUGGUUAUAUCUAGUGAUGAACAUGAAGAUAUUCCCGUGAAACGGCAAAGAGUUGGGGGUUCACCAAAUGAACAGAAAAAGGUAGAGGAUUCUGAUAAGGUAUCCAGUACGAUCAUCGAUGAUAGCAGUAUCACAGAAUCGGAAGGAAAUUCAAAUGUGCUGAUCAUGGAACUCGGCGGAAAUGUUACCGACCUGCCAGAUUCAGAGUUGGACAGUAGAAGUAGCUCUGAGACUCUUAAAUCAAUAAAUACUACGUCGGAACAUUCUUCAAAAAUUCAAACAUCUACUAAAAGUAAUAAAAAUGAUUCCUCAAAAUUAAAACCGGUAUCUGCAAGUUCCAAGGAAACUGCUCAAAAACAGUAUAAUCCAGUUUCUCCAACAAAGGCUGAUGAUGUUAAACUUAUUUCGAGUGAAAGUGAAUCCCUUAUAACUGAAAAUAAACCAAUUGAGAUAAUAGAAUCACAAACAGAUGACAAUGAAACAAAUGUUAAAACAUCUAGUGAAUCACAAAUUACAGAGGGAAACAACUCACCACAAGCAGAAAAGAUAAAAGCAGGUAAUGAUAAAAAUGCUAAAAAAACACCUCAGCAAAAGCGUAAAACACCAACCAGAGCAAAUAAUGCAAAUAAGGAUAAAAAGUCUGUAGACACCCCAACCACAUCGGAAAAAACAUCUCAGCAAAAGACUAAAACACCAACCAGAGCUACUAAUGCAAAUAAGGAUAAAAAGUCUGUAGACACCCCAACCACAUCGGAAAAAACACCUCAGCAAAAGCCUAAAACACCAACCAGAGCAACUAAAACAAAUAAGGAUAAAAAGUUUGUAGACACCCCAACCACCUCGGAAAAAGGAAAAGUUAGCACAAAUAAGAAAUCUCCAAUUAAAGAAGAUAAGGUUGAAGAUAAUGAACAAGUUGCAGAAGUUUCAGUGAUUGUAGAUAGUACUUCGGAUUCCGAAAGUGCAACUUCCAAUAAUGAUGAAAGUAAGUCUUUCGUUGAGGAAAGCACACCUAGAGUUGUGGCUACCCCAAAAAUAGCCAGAGACGAAGCACUUGCAUCGAAGAAAAAUCUUACACCGAAGCAGAUACAGUUAAUGGAACAAAGGCGUAAAGCACGUGAAGAGAAGGAGCGUCGUUUGCAGGAGGAAAAAUUGCAAAAGCAGCGGGAGAAGGAGGCCAAGGAAUUGUCAAAGAAGCGCGAACGGGAAGAGCGUGAAGAGCAACGCCGUAAAGAGCGUGAGGAGAAGGACGAACAGAAACGCAAAGAACGUGAGGAGCGUGAAGAGCUGAAGCGUAAAGAACGCGAGGAAAAAGAACGGAAGCGGCUGGCCGAACAGGAAGUGAAGAAUGAAGAAAAGCGCAAACGAAAUGAAGCAAAAGAAGAGGAAUUACGUAAAAAAGAAGAAGAGCGAAAGCGUAAAGAAGGCGCAGAUUUAAAAGCUAAGAAAGAAGCAGAAGCUUUCCAAAAGUUCUUCAAAGCCAAACGUUCAGCAAAUGCAGAUAGCGAAGCUGGACAACAACAAGCACAACAGAAUGACAGCAAAGAUCCUGAAAUUCUAGCCUUCCGCCCAUUUGAGAUCAAGGGUGACAUGAAAUUGGCGCCAAUCCGGCGGAAACUGCUUAGCGCUCCCUCUAGAAAACAGCUCGAUACUUUCAUGGCAGAUGUGCCAGCAGAAUCUACUCAUUUGUAUCUGGAUGAACUUAAGAGCGGCAAAAUAGUACCAGGCAUAUGGCGGCGCAUAUCAGUAGAUACGAAAGUAUCCGAAGAAGACGUUCAAAUCAUAGAUGACGAGCUGGAUCGCGCAGGUCAAGCAAUUGUGGAAGAGACGCACGCACCCAUUGAACAUUUCAAAGCUAAAUUUUAUAAAUUCCAUGAAAAUCGUAGACCUCCAUACUACGGCACAUGGAGAAAACGAACAAAUGUGAUAAAGCCAAGGCGACCUUUUGUGCAAGAUGCGAAAUUUUUCGACUACGAAGUCGAUUCUGAUCUCGAGUGGGAAGAAGAGGAGCCUGGCGAGUCGCUGGACGGUAGUGAUGACGAGAAAGAGAAAGAGUCGGAGGACGAUGACUACGAGGUCGACAACGAAUGGUUUGUGCCACAUGGUCAUCUCAGUGAAGAAGAGCUGCAAAAUGAGGAUGAUGUGCUCGACGCCAACACACGCGAGGCCCAAAAAGCAAAAUUACAAGUACUGCAGCAGGAGUUUGCACAAGAGAUGAAAAAGAAAACCGAGAAAAUUAAACCACGUCUCAUCGGUUGCAUUUGGGCAGAUGAAAAUGGCAAUCAACCGGCGUUAUGUCCGAAAAUCAUCUGGGAUACUUUAAAUUUGCGUGCAAUGUUAUUCGAAGCUCCACCGCUACUGGAGGACCCCGAAGUUGCGGAAAAGAGUGAACUUGGUUCGCCAACAAGCAAUGAGAAGACAGUUGAGAAAGUGAAGCCGAUUAAAAUAACCGAACGCAUGCUGAAUGACUUGGUACGCUUGGUGCAUGGAAAUCAGCAUUCCAAAAACUUUUUAAUCAAAGAAUUUAUCGCUUACUUGGAAGCCAGCGAGGAAUCUAUUAAGAACGGCGAAGUACGUGGUCCCAUCAAAUCAAUAGUACGAGAGAAAAUCGACGAAUUCGCCGAAUGGACCAUAAUCGAAUCAAAUAAGGUUUUACAGAAGAAUAAAAAGAAAAAUAAAAAGCGCCUCUGCUGGGUGGUAUCUGCUGACGUACUAAAGAAAAUGGGUCUGGAAGAUUUGGGUUUACAUAAUACGUGGAAAUAUACACUGCAACCGAAAUCCAGUAAAGACGAGACGACAAAAGCCGAAGUUGAAGUUUCCACUGAAAACGAGACAAAGGAAACAACUGAAAUUGCUUGUGAUACAGAAAACCCAAGUGAAACCGAGUCAAAGACCGCCGACAAGAAACAAACUAAAAAGGAAAAAGCAAAAGAAAAGAAGCUUAAAACAAAAUCAGAAAUAACAAAAUUCACAAAAGUGCUGCCGCCGAAGGCGAGUGAACCCAAAUCGCCUAAAGCUACAGCGACACCAGCAACAAAAGAGGAUACAAAUGCGUCUUCCACGGGAUGUAAUAAAUCGCCGACAGCCGCAGUGACGUCACCAGCCUCUACUAAGCCGACGGCAAAUGUUAAAAAGCGUGUACCACUGCUAAUGUCCGUCGCGCGUGGACAGAACAUACCGCAGCCCGCAAAGAAUGCGCUUAUCAGCGAGUUUUUAAAGAAGUCCACGGCUGAGAAAGCAGCGCCUGCCAGCGAAACAACAAAUACUGCCGCCACUUCCACUGCCAAAGAAGACAGCGCUGUGGUGGAACUCGACUAAGCCGUUCAUAGUGUAUAAUGUAGUUAUAUAUAUAUAUUUUUUAUAUCAUAGUACUCUCUCAUGUACCGUUUGCUACCAGCUGUCCCUUAC